AAGUAGUUGUCUUCAACGGUUGGGAGAAAAAGCAUCAAAGAACUACUAUGAAGGAUACGCAAUGUAAUGGAGAGUAGAGAAUGAGAACGAUAUCGGGGGCGUUUCGCUCGAUCAAACGCCCAAAUCUAAACCCUAAUUUAUCCAAAUCCUCAUCAUCUACUGCUUCCACAUCGCACCUGAAUUUCAAUUCCGAACCAAAAUCGGAGUCUUGGUGCGUUUAUCUGAUCCUCUCCACCAACCACCCAAUCAAAACCUACGUUGGGGUCACAACCAAUUUCCCUCGCCGAUUGAAGCAGCAUAACGGCAAGCUUAAGGGUGGUGCAAAAGCAUCCCGUGCUGGAAGGCCAUGGAUUUGUGCAUGCCUCAUUUGUGGUUUUGCAGACCGGAGCGAAGCUUGUGUGUUUGAAUCAAAAUGGAAAGAUUUCUCAAGGAAAUCUCCCCGCAAAAGUAAAGGUGGCAGCAGCUCCAAACAGAUUGAAGAUCCCUCACGUCCGUUGCUGCAACACAGGCAAGCAGCUUUAAAUAGAGUGAAAAGCUCACUUGACUGCUCUCACUUAGAAAUUAAUUGGCAUUUAGAUCCAUCGUGAUUCGACCUCCAUUCUAUGUACUUUAAUGAAUUAAUAACAAAAAAUUGAAAAAAUGGCAAAACAUAGGCCAAAUAUUUAAUAUCAACUGUACUAUAGGCAUUGAUUCAUUGUUGUAGCAGAAGUUAUCCAUAAUGUAUUAUCUUGAGGAAGCUUAUCCUCUUAUAGCAAAUAUUAAAUUCAUACGUGUGUAAUCAAAGUAUGAUAUUUGUCAAA